GCGAGCCGCAGCCCCUGGGUGCUGGGCCAGCUGGCCUCGCGCGGGCGAGUGCCACGCUGCAGGGGCCGGGUGCGGAGUCCUUGCUGAAGGAGGGCGGGGCGCUCUUGGACCGAAAGCGCCCGGUCAUCAACGAGCCCUCCAAGUACCAGGGCUACAUAGAGGAGAUCUCGCGGGCCAUCGUCGUCCACGAUGAGGGUGCCCUCGCUGUUGCAGAUUACGACGGAUCGGAUAACAAGGUUCGCGACGGGACCAUCCUCUUUAACGUUGUUGGGACAUGCCCUUCCAACUUAAUGUGCACCGACCAGGCCGUGACCGUCGCGGACUUUGGAGGCAGCGUGGUGGCCUAUUGGAGCAAGCCGCACCCAGAGAUCAAGGGGUGCACGCGGGAACGUCACGUUAAGAAGGGCGAUUGCAAGAACGAUUCGGACAAAUUUCACGCGUUGGAGCAGCUCUUCAGAGACGGGGGUGACUACUACAUCGACUCAUCCACGAAGAGGGCAGUGGUCAAGAAGGGCGGGGAGAAUCUGUAUAUCUACCUUGUUUACGCCUCUCACUGGAGCAGCUGGUAUAACACCAUGGAUGGGUGGCUGCUCUACCAGAAGGACCCCAAGGUCCAGGAGUUCUUCCGCAUCCAGUUUCAAUCCGGCAAGGAUGCGAAAUUCCACUUCGUAGGCGAAGGUGAGGGCCUCGGCAAUUUCUGGCCCGCGAAGUGGGAGGUAGACCUUCCGUGA